CUAUAUAACAUGAUGCAGUAGUGCCUUACCUAUAUUACAUGAUGUAGAAGUACCUUACCUAUAUUACAUGAUGUAGUAGUACCUUACCUAUAUAACAUGAUGUAGUAGUAGCUUACCUAAUUUACAUGAUUUAGUAGUAACUUACCUAUAUAACAUGAGAUUAGUGCGCAUGCGCCACGGUGUAUGCAGCCUGUUCCAGUCGCUCCUGCUUACUUUAACUUUGUUUUCAACUUUUUUCCUCUCUUCUUUAUCUUACUUGUUCUGUUUUUACUUAAGUUAUUUAUUAAGCUACGUCCUCUCUAAUCAUGCUUGUGUGGAGAGUUUUUGUUGUUUCGCUCGUGGUGGAAUCGCUCCUUUUACUCUGCCACUCGACCGUCGCUCAGCAACACCGCAUUGUUUACUCCAGGGAUCAGCUGAUGGAGCUGAAGCCGGCCGGCUUGGCUACGGUGAGGGAGGAUAUACCUGCUGAACUUUGGAGGAAAACACACCGGGGUUGCAGAGGGAAAAGAUCGCUACGGCGGCGGAAAGGAGCGAAACACCGGAGACUUAUGGAGAGGAAGACAUUCAAGCCGUGUCUCCCAUCUAUCAUCAUGGGCAACGUGAGAUCACUGGGGAAUAAGAUGGACGAGCUUACAGCGCUAACCCGGAGUCAUCAGGAAUACCGGGAGUGUAGCCUGAUGAUUUUCUCGGAGUCAUGGCUACACACGGAUGUUCCUGACCACAAUGUUUCCACCGUGGGUUUCCACACUGUCCGGGCUGACAGGGACUGCACUAAGAGCGGUAAGCGUAAAGGAGGUGGGCUUGCUGUUUACGUGAACAACAGGUGGUGCAAUCCUGGUCACAUCACAGUCAAAGACCGCAUCUGCAGCCCGGAUAUUGAACUGUUAGCUGUGGGCCUCCGUCCUUACUAUUUACCCCGUGAAUUCUCACAUGCUAUUGUAGUGGCACUGCAGGGCUGUUUUGAGGUGACUGACUGGAAUGUACUCUGUGAGCCACAUGGAGAGGACAUUGAUGGGCUUACUGAGUGCAUUACAGACUACAUUAAUUUCUGUGUGGACGGCAUUGUCCCAGCAAGGACUGUGCGGUGUUACCCAAAUAACAAGCCUUGGGUAACAAAGGACAUCAAAGCCAUACUCAACCUGAAGAAGAGGGCUUUCAGAGGUGGCAACAGGGAGGAGCUGAGGGACAUUCAGAGGGAGCUGAGUGCAAAGAUCAAUGAGGCUAAGGACGGCUACAGGAGGAAGCUGGAGAGGAAACUCCAGCUGAAUAACAUGAGCGAGGUCUGGAGUGGUAUGAGGACCAUCACCGGUUACAGACCAACUAGCAGUGGAGCUGAUGGUAGUGUGGCUAGGGCCAAUGAGUUAAAUCUGUUCUUCAAUAGGUUUGACACUGCUGCCCUGGCCCCUGUUGGCUCUCCUGCUGACUGUCUCCAGCCACCACCACUUCUGACCCCCCCUCCUCCUCCUGAUAGCACCUCAUCCAACUUGGUGAGCCCCUCACACCCAUCCCCCACUCCUCACACCUCCUCUGGCUCCCAUGCUACCUGCCCUCCUCUCACUUUGGACUCCAACUCUCCCCCUCCUCAACCUGCACUCUUUACACCUCUACAUGUUAGGAGACAGCUGAGCAAACUCCCCGCCGGUAAGGCUGCAGGCCCUGAUGGUGUCAGCCCACGGGUUCUCAGAGCCUGCGCCGAACAGCUCUGUGGAGUGCUUCAUCGUGUCUUCAAAAUGAGCCUGAGCCUCCAGAGGGUCCCUGUGAUAUGGAAGACGUCCUGCCUCGUUCCAGUGCCAAAGAUGCCGCAACCCAGCGGUCUCUCGGACUACCGACCGGUGGCACUGACGUCACAUAUCAUGAAGACCCUGGAGAGACUUGUCCUGGAGCAGCUCAGGCCUAUGGUCAGGCCGCACCUGGAUCCCCUCCAGUUCGCCUACCAGCCCCGGAUUGGAGUUGAGGAUGCCCUCAUUUACCUGCUGAACCGCAUCUACGCCCACCUGGACAAGCCGGGGAGCACUGUGAGGGUCACGUUCUUUGACUUCUCCAGUGCUUUCAAUACCAUCAGGCCUGCUCUACUGGGUGACAAGCUGACGGCGAUGCUGGUGAAUCCCCCCCUUGUGUCCUGGAUUGUGGAUUACCUCACUGGCCGACCACAGUACGUGCGCUUGCGGCACUGUGUGUCAGACACAGUGGUCAGCAAUACCGGGGCUCCACAAGGUACUGUCCUCUCUCCUUUCCUCUUCACCCUUUACACCACGGACUUCAGCUACCAGACAGAGUCUUGUCAUCUUCAGAAGUUUUCUGAUGACUCUGCUAUAGUUGGAUGUAUCAGCAAGGGUGAGGAGGCUGAAUACAGGGCUGUGGUGAAUAACUUUGUCUCAUGGUGUGAGCUGAACCACCUGCAGCUCAACACAACAAAGACAAAAGAGCUGGUGGUGGAUCUGAGGAGAACGAGGACACCAGUGACCCCAGUUUCCAUCCUGGGGCAUAACGUGGACAUUGUAGAACACUACAAGUACCUGGGUGUGUUCAUAGACAAUAAACUGGACUGGACUAAGAACACUGAAGUCCUUUACAAGAAGGGACAGAGCCGCCUCUAUUUUCUGAGGAGGCUCCGCUCCUUUAACAUCUGCCGGACUAUGCUGAGGAUGUUUUAUGAGUCUGUGGUGGCCAGUGCUAUUCUGUUUGCUGUGGUGUGCUGGGGCAGCAGACUGAGAGUAGCCGAUGCCAACAGACUCAACAAGCUGAUCAGAAAGGCCAGUGACGUUGUGGGGGUGGAGCUGGACCCUUUGACAGCAGUGUCAGACAGGAGGAUGCUGUCAAAGGUGCGGGCGAUACUUCAGCAUGGCUCUCACCCUCUCCACAACGCUCUGGUCGAACUGAGGAGCACCUUCAGCCAGAGACUGAUUGCUCCUAAAUGCACCACUGAGCGCCACAGGAAGUCAUUCUUACCUGUGGCCAUUAAACUGUACAACUCCUCCCUCUGAUGAUCGGACUCAUUUGGCUAUUUAUAAAACAAAUCACACAAUAUAAUUACUCAUUCUUAUUUCAUUUAUAAUGCUACAACCAUUUCAUUGUAUAUUGUAUAUAUUUCAGAUUGUCUACUUUACUGUUUUUAUUAUUUAUUUUACUUUAUUGUCUACUUUAAUAUUUUAUUUUAUGUUAAUGUCUACUUUAAUAUUCUAUUUUAUUCUAUUUUAUUCUAAUGUCUACUUUAAUAUUUU